AUGACGCUUUUAAACUGGCUCUCCAUACGUUACUUCUAUCGCAAUACCGAAGAUUUGCUAGGGCAAUAUUUAAAGGAAAAUAUCGAACAUGAUAACUGGAGCCGGGUGGCGGACGGGGUUGGCGAUGCAGGGCCCGCGGAUUGCAGCUGUGACGACGUGAACAGCGACGGCGCUACCAUCAGCCGCAGCAGCAGUAGCCUCGGCAACAGCUACGAUGGAAGCGGAUACACGAGUCCCAGAUCUGCGAUUUCCAGCGCAAUGGAGGAAGAAGGGCACGGCAGUCUCUCUGGCAGCGCCGCCACCACCGCCACAACCAUCCAGGCGGCAAAGGCUACUACAGGCUCUUACAGGGUUGACCGCGGCGAGUCUGCGACAGCAUAUGCCGCCGCCGGCGGAGCCGCUCCGCCGCCAGCAGCCCACAACGCCGCUCCGCUGCGGCCAUGUGGCCUGUUGUACGACCCGCCGUUUCCGCAGCUGCCGCCGCGGCUGCAGGCCGAGAUGGACGCGCUGCUGGAUUACCUCGGCCUGGCGGCGGAGGUGUACGGCAGCCUGCCUCACGUGCGUUGUACGGACCUGCCAUCGUUAAUGUUACGCCAUAGCGUGACGCUCCUGUUUAACUACCGCUCUAAGCCAGACGUGCUUCUGCUUGACGGCCGCCAACUCCAGUUGACGGCACGAGGGUACUCGCAAGCAUCCGCGCUGCUGGCUGCCGUACAGCCGCGACCGUCGGAGGCAGUGGUGGCGGCGUUGCCGUCGCCCCUGCCGAAGCGGAUUUGGAAAGUCCGCUUGAACCUCCGUCGCAUGGAGCCACUGUGCGUCGCUGCAGGGCGUGGCGUCAGCAGCAGCGGCGGCAGCGGAGUGCGUACGGCAGCGGCGGAUUGCCGGCCAGAUACCAGUCUCGGUGUGCUGCUUGUGCACGUGGAGGAUGAGAGGGGCGGCGGUCAGCACCGACCCCGCUUCCCCUGCUCCUCUAUUGCUGGUAGCACUGCCGCCGCCGCCGCCGUUCCCGUCAUCAGCCUAGCGGAGGCGGCUACGUGGGCUGGACCACUUCCCUUGCUGGCCGCCGCCAUGCCGUCCGCUGCGCCGGGAAAGGGCGCCGCCGCGGCCGCCAGCGGCGGCGGCAGUGGGCGCUCCUCCUUGUACCUGCCUGGCUUCUUUGGCUGGCAUAUUGCGGGUCUGGCGAAGGGCUACAACGACGGCGAAUUGAAGACGCGACAGCUAGAGCUGUAUCACCGCCGCCUAGGCCAGUCGUACAGCAUCAGGUUGCCGCCGGGUCCGCCUGCGGGAGUACGGGAGGUGCUGUACGCGCACGUGUGCAUGUACGACAGGGGUGAGGGGCUGGAAGUGCUGGAUCUGGAUUUGGGGGAUUUGGAAGUCAUGGGUUGCAUUUGA